AUGCUCCUAGAAGAAGACCCCUCCCUCCUAAUCCGCCACACAAUCACAAACUUUAACACCGCCCCCGACCGCCUCGCCAUCUCCCGCAUCUCUGAAUCCCUCUCCACCCUCGCCCAAGCCCGCGAACUCCGCAUCCGCGAAGCCGAAUCCUCCCUCAAAAAACUCUCCCGCCAGCUCUCCACCCUCUCCAACCAGCACCGCGAGCUAACCUCCACCCACUCCUCCGCCGCCCACGCCUCCGAGAUCUCCCGCCUCGACACCCAAAAGUUCCGCAUCGCAAAGUCGGCUUCAGACCUCGAAAUGGAAACGGAGCGGCUGCAGGGCCAGCUGGACGAGUUGAACGCCAGGCUCCAAGAGCUGGAGAUGCAGGGUGUUGAUGGCGGGGAUGGGGUUGAAGGAGUAAGAGGUGGGGACGGCGGGGUGGAGGAUGAGGUGCUGCUGAGGCUAAAGGUGUAUAGGAGUUUGGGGAUGGAGUUGGAGAAGAGUGAUGAUGGGAGUGGGAAGAAGGAUGGAGGGGGAGAGUUUAACAGGGUCGUGUUGAGGAAUGAUAAGAGGGGGGAUGUUCAUGUUGUCAAGAUUGAUGGGGGGUUUUCGAGGUUUUUCUAUGCGAAUUACUUUUGGCAGAAUCUUUGA